CAUUACUUUCUGUGUAUUUUCAUGUUGUUGUUUGCGUUUUUAAUGUAACAAAACGUUUACUUGUAAUUAAAUGUUUUAUAUAACUAAAAUUAACUUUCUCUCCUACGGUUUCUCCCCCGUUCAGCACCACAGACAGCGCCUCCAUCACUGCUGCUGGUAUUUGCAGUUUUUAAAUUCUCACUGAUAAGAAACGACGAUGAGCUGAAAAAACACAAAGUCCCAGCAUCCUUUGCGGCCGUGCGUCUUCUCCAGCGGAGCCGGGUGUUUUCUCUCUGUGCGUCAUGGUUACCUCCCGAGUCCGAGCUGCGACAGGCGCGUGACAAGUCCCCCACAAUAAGACCGGAUGUUUAGAGAUUUAACCUUCAAAAUAAAAUCUGGAAUUUUUACAGCAGGCUGGUACGUGUUACAAUAACAAUAAUAAUGAGCUCCAAACGAAAUUAAUAAUAUUCCAGUGUGUUGAGAAACUAACACACACUCUCAGUGGUGGAAGUACUCAAAACAUUUACCAAAGUAAAAGUGCCAACGGACAACAACAAUGAAAAAUCCAAAAGUCCUUCAUUCUUCUUUUUUUUAAUCUGUCAUAUUAUUUAUUGGACAAGUGUACAAUGACACGUAAAAUGUCUAUAUAGUCUUUUUUCUUGUGCAGCACUACAUGCCCCGGACUCAAAUGCCUUUUAUUUUGUAUGUUUAUUGACCGGAAAUGCGCUGUAAUAACCUGCUAUGUGUUAACUUGAUGCUUCUGCUCGUCAGUCCGAAAAACGAGCGAGAAAACAUCACUGAGAUGAGACUCGGUGGUCUGGGAGGGUCUCCAUCAGGCGUCUGGAGUCCGGUUCACUGAUCAGCUGAGUCUGUCUGUCUGGUCACCUGUCUGUCUGUCUGUCUGUCUGUCUGUCUGUCUGUGGGUGGAGGGACUCAGUUUGCAGCGGGAGAAUGCUCUCCUCCUGCAGGGAAUCAGGACUUUCCUCUCCCGUCAUCCGGCCGGUAUGCUGCGGUGUGAACCCAGGGCUUCUCCCCUCCUCUGCCCGCUGAAGUUGUCUCACCUGCGGUGAUGCAACCCCUUAUUUCAGCCUCUCUUCUCCGCGUCUCUCUCCGGAACGGCCCGAUCAUUUCACAGUGGAAAUAAUCCGUUUCUUUUAAUUUUCUGAGAUUAUGAGGCUACACACCCUGUCCUCCUCCUGACUCAGGUGGAUUUUUUUUUUUUACUCGCGGACAGAUUUGUGAAUGGGAUUGUGAGCUUCCGCACGUUUUCUCCUCCAGCGAAACCUCCUCCACCUUUGCGCGCUGCGCGUAAAUCCGCGGAGGGAUGAUGUGAACAACCGGGGGAUACAGGAGUAAUAAUAAAAAAACAAACCCGUGCUGUAGUAACCAUGGCUGGUACUGAGGUCGAGGAUUAGUGUGAGGAGGGAUUAUAUUUUACAGGAGCAGAAUCCUCCAUCAAUUGUGCUGUUUUUUUGUCUUUUUAUUUUAUUUUCUCGGACAGAACUUCCCAAACCCGUUAGGAUAUGUUCUCUAUUGCUGUCUGUUCUCUUCUUUUAUUUCCUUUUUGAAAAGUAAAAGAAAAUCCUCUACUCAGACUGCUCCUUUAGCCGAUAUGAGAGUAAAAACUAGAGUAUUAAACACAACAAAGUUCGCCUCAUUACUCAACUGUAGCUAUUAAAUACCAUAAGUCACGAUGGGGUCGUUAUAACGUCACGGUUUAUAAUUUACAGCGCAAUAACAACACUGUCAGUCCCUUUGGAAAUAUUAAUGGAAAUUGCACUCAAACCACAGGAGAUAAAAAAAUACUAUUAAGUGCAUCAGAAACUCUCUGCAGGACUAUCAUCCAUCCGGCACACCUGAGGAUGAAGAUGAUGAUGAUGAUGGCUGAUUGAGAGUAAAGAGCUCUGAGCUGCCUGCUUUUUCUGAGCUAUUUAAUUCACCUGCUGCCGGAUGCAGAACUAUGGACACACAGAGAUCUGAUCAGAAGUGGAAAAUGACCCGAUCUUAAACCAGAGGAAGAAGUCGGAUUGAACCAGCAGCAGCAGCAGCAGCAGCGGUGUCCCGUCAGAUGAGCGAGGAUGUCGGACCGGAGCGCCCCGGGCUGCCGGCUCAGACUGGACUGGGUCUACGGGUACCGGGGCCACCAGUGCCGGAAUAACCUGUACUACACCGCCGGGAAGGAGCUGGUGUACUUCGUGGCCGGGGUGGGCGUGGUUUACAACACUAGAGAGCACAGCCAGAGGUUUUACCUGGGACACAACGAUGACAUCAUCAGCCUGGCAUUGCACCCGGAGCGCUCCCUGGUGGCGACGGGUCAGGUGGGGAAGGAUCCCUACGUGUGUGUGUGGGACUCCUUCACGGUCCAGACCGUCUCUCUGCUCCGGGACGGACACACACACGGCAUCGCCUGCCUCGCAUUCAGCGCUGACGGACAGCGGUUAGCCUCGGUUGGCCUGGAUGCCAAAAACACAUUGUGUAUCUGGGAGUGGAAGAGAGGGAAGAUCCUGGCUACAGCCACCGGACACUCAGACAGGAUCUUCGACGUCAGCUGGGAUCCGUUUCAACAGAACCGUCUGGUGAGCUGUGGAGUCAAACACAUCAAGUUCUGGUCUCUGUGUGGUAACGCUCUCACUCCAAAGAGGGGGAUUUUUGGGAAGACAGGCGACCUGCAGACCAUCCUGUGUGUGGCGUCUGCUAAAGACGACUUGACGUACUCCGGGGCGCUCAACGGGGACAUUUACGUCUGGAAGCUGCUCAACCUGAUACGAACAGUUCAGGCUGCACACGGGGCUGGUAUCUUCAGCAUGUAUUCCUGUGAGGAGGGUUUUGCAACAGGAGGCCGAGACGGCUGCAUCCGACUGUGGGACGCCGACUUCAAGCCGAUCACCAAGAUCGACCUUCGAGAGGCCGAGCAGGGAUACAAAGCACUGUCUAUUCGCAGCGUCUGCUGGCGAGCCGACCGAAUCCUAGCGGGAACACAAGACAGCGAGAUCUUUGAGGUGAUGGUGAGGGAUCGGGACAAGCCGCUGCUGAUCAUGCAGGGACACGGCGAGGGCGAGCUCUGGGCGCUGGACAUUCACCCCAAAAAACCUCUGGCUGUCACCGGCAGCGACGACCGCUCCGUCAGGUUGUGGAGUCUGGUGGAUCACGCCCUCAUCGCUCGCUGCAACAUGGAGGAGGCGGUGCGGAGCGUGGCGUUCAGCGUGGACGGAUACCAGCUGGCUCUGGGCAUGAAGGACGGAUCCUUCACUGUGCUGAGAGUCAGAGACAUGACGGAGGUUGUUCACAUCAAAGACAGGAAGGAGGUGAUCCAUGAGAUGAAGUUUUCUCCAGACGCAGCGUAUCUCGCUGUCGGCUCCAACGACGGACUCGUGGACAUCUACGCUGUCGCCCAGAGAUACAAGAAGGUAGGAGAAUGCAGUAAAUCAGCCAGUUUCAUCACUCACCUGGACUGGUCUCUGGACAGCAAAAUCCUGCAGACCAAUGACGGAGCUGGCGAACGCCUCUUCUACCGAAUGCCCAUGGGGAAGCCGAUUGUCAGUAAGGAGGAGGUGAAAGGUCAGCGCUGGGCGUCCUGGAGUUGCGUCCUGGGCUCCGAUGUCGGUGGCAUCUGGCCUAAAUACUCUAAUCUAACUGAGAUCAACGCAGUGGAUGCCAAUCACGCUGCUGCUGUACUUGUGACCGGGGACGACCUCGGCCUCGUUAAGCUCUAUCGCUUCCCCUGUCUGAGGAAAGGAGCUAAAUUCAAGAAGUACAUCGGUCACUCUGCCCAUGUGACCAACGUCCGCUGGUCACAUGACCUGCAGUGGGUGCUGACCACAGGUGGGGCCGACCACGCCCUCUUCCAGUGGAGGUUUCUGCCAGAGUCGGUCAUGAACGGAGGACCGGAUACCAACAUACAAGACAGUCACGGGGACUCUAACAGCGAGCAGUCGGACAGCGACGUGUCGGACGUCCCGGAGCUCGACUCCGACAUUGAGCAGGAAACACAGAUCAACUACGACAGACAGGUGUACAAGGAGGACCUGCCUCAGUUGCGACAGCAGAGCAGAGAGAAGAAACUGCAGGUUGGAUCUCUGAAGAGACAGCAAGGACCAGACCAAGGCCUCCGGCUGCAGUUUGUUCACGGGUACCGUGGCUACGACUCAGCGAGGAUCAGUGGCUGCGAUCAAGAUGCCACCGGUGUGCAGGAUUACAGAGAAAUCAAUGGCAAAAAACAAUAUUUCAAGCAAAUGGUUGUGAUCAGGGUUCAGGUCGGUCCUUUUAGGUUUGUCGUGUUUGGAAACCCUCCUGAUAUAUUUGCUCUCUGUGAUCCGGAUGCAGCUGAUGGAAAGAGUCUGGUGUCAGUGGGAGUCGAUGACGGACAUUCACUCGUUGUCUGGGACUGGAAGAGAGGAGAGAAACUCGCUACUGCCAGGGGUCACAAGGAGAAGAUCUUUGUGGUGAAGUGUAAUCCCAUGCUGAUGGACAAACUGGUCACUGUGGGAAUCAAACACAUCCAGUUCUGGCAACAUGCAGGCGGCGGUCUGACGUUCAGGCGCGGUGUGUUCAGGAGCGUCGGCCGGCCGGAGACCAUGAUGUCGGUGUGUUACGGCCGCAGCGAGGCGCUGGUGUUCUCCGGCGCCUCCACCGGAGACGUUUACAUCUGGAAGGAAGCGCUGCUGCUGAAAACAAUCAAAGCCCAUGACGGACCGGUGUUCGCCAUGUUCUCCCUCGACAAGGGCUUUGUGACGGGCGGGAAGGACGGUGUGGUGGAGCUGUGGGACGACAUGUUUGACCGCUGUCUGAAGACGUACGCCAUCAAGAGAGCGUCACUGUCCUCGGGCUCUAAAGGCCUGCUGCUGGAGGACAACCCGUCCAUCAGGGCCAUCACGCUGGGACACGGUCACAUCCUGGUAGGAACCAAAAACGGAGAAGUUCUGGAGAUCGACAAGACCGGACCCAUGACCCUGCUGGUGCAGGGUCACAUGGAGGGAGAGGUCUGGGGUCUGGCCCCUCACCCCCUCCUCCCUGUCUGCGCCACCGUCAGCGACGAUAAAACCCUUCGUCUGUGGGAGACGUCGGCCAAUCACCGCAUGGUGGCCGUCCGCAAGCUGAAGAGAGGCGGUCGCUGCUGUGCCUUCUCCCCUGAUGGAAAGGCGUUGGCCGUCGGUCUGAGCGACGGUGGCGUGCUGGUGGUGAACGCCGACACACUGGAGGACCUUCUGAGCUUCCACCAUCGCCGCGACGCCAUCUCUGACAUCCGCUUCACCCCAGACUUAGGUAAAUUCCUGGCGGUGGCGUCACAUGACAGCUUUGUGGACAUCUACAACGUGCUGAGCAGUAAGAGAGUCGGGAUCUGCAAAGGGGCGUCCAGUUAUAUCACACACAUCGACUGGGACGCUCGAGGUAAACUGCUGCAGGUGAACACAGGAGCCAAAGAGCAACUUUUCUUCGAAGCCCCGAGAGGAAGACAACAAACCAUCAAAAACUCGGAGCUGGAGCGAGUCGAGUGGUCCAGCUGGACGUGUGUUCUGGGUUCGAGCUGUGACGGAAUCUGGCCGACGCACAGCGACAUCACCGACAUCAACGCCGCAUCGCUCACCAGAGACAGAACGCUGCUCGCCACCGGAGACGACUUCGGCUUCCUGAAACUGUUCGGCUACCCUGUUCGGGGUCAGUACGCUCGCUUUAAGCGUUACGUGGGCCACAGCGCUCAGGUGACAAACGUCCGCUGGGCUCAGGACGACUCGGCGCUGCUGACGGUUGGCGGGGCCGACACCGCCCUGAUGAUCUGGGCGAGGGAGCGAGGAGGCGGGGUCAAUGUCGAGGGGGAGGGGCCUUUGUGUUGCGACACCCGACCCACCGUGGACAGCGAGGAGUCGGACGAUGACAUCGAAGAGGACGGAGGCUACGACAGUGACGUUGCCCGAGAGAAAACGGUGGAUUACACCACUAAGAUGUACGCCGUCAGCAUCAGAGAGAUGAGAGGAACCAAACCUCACCACCAGCUGAAGGAGGUGUCUGCUGAGGAGAGGCAGGGCAUUGUCAAGCCUCCGGUCAGUCGAGCGGCGCCGCAGCCGGAGAAACUCCAGAAGAACAACGUCUCCAAGAAGAAGAGACUGGUGGAGGACAUGGUGUUGGAUCACGUGUUUGGUUUUCGGGGCUACGAUUGUCGCAACAACCUGCACUACCUCAACGACGGCACCGACAUCGUCUACCACACUGCUGCCACCGCCAUCGUCCACAGCCUCUCCACUGGAACUCAGAGUUUCUACCUGGAACACACUGAUGACAUCCUCUCUCUCACCGCCAAUCAGCACCCAAAAUACAAAAAUGUCAUCGCCUCUGGACAGAUUGGUGACGUCAGUGAACUGCCAGGCACCACUCCCUCCAUCCAUGUGUGGGAUGCGAUGAGUAAACAGACUCUGUCCAUCCUCCGCUGUCCUCACACUAAAGGCGUCGGCUACGUUAACUUCAGCGCCACAGGGAAGCUGCUGCUGUCCGUUGGAGUGGAUCCUGAACACACCAUCACUGUGUGGCGCUGGCAGGAAGGAUCCAAGGUGUGCAGUAAAGCCGGACACCCGGACCGGAUCUUCGUGGUGGAGUUUCGGCCGGACUCGGACUCCCAGUUUGUGUCGGCGGGAAUUAAACAUGUGAAGUUCUGGACGCUGGCCGGCGGCGCUCUGAUGUACAAGAAGGGCGUGGUGGGGACGGUGGAGGACGGCAGGAUGCAGACGAUGCUGUCUGUCGCCUUCGGUGCUAAUAACUUGACGUUCACUGGAGCCAUUAACGGGGACGUGUACGUGUGGCGGGAUCACUACCUGCUGAGGGUGGUGGCGAAGGCUCACACCGGGCCGGUCUUCACCAUGUACACCACGCUGAGAGACGGACUCAUCGUCACCGGCGGCAAGGAGAGGCCGACUAAGGAGGGUGGUGCGGUGAAGCUCUGGGAUCAGGAGAUGAAACGUUGCCGAGCCUUCCAGCUGGAGACGGGACAGCAGGUGGAGUGUGUCCGAUCCGUCUGCAGAGGCAAAGGUAAGAUCCUGGUGGGGACGAAGGACGGGGAGAUCAUCGAGGUCGGGGAGAAGAACGCAGCGUCCAACUUGCUGCUGGACAGUCACGCUCGGGGGGGGAUCUGGGGUGUGACUGCUCAUCCUGCCAAAGAGCUCUGCAUCACCGCCAGUGACGACGCCACCAUCCGACUGUGGGACCUCACUGACAAGAAAUUGUUGAACAAGGUGUGUGUCGGCCACGCAGCCCGGUGUGUGAGCUACAGUGCAGACGGAGAGAUGCUGGCCGUGGGGAUGAAGAACGGCGAGUUCCUCGUCCUCCUCGCCAACACACUGAAGAUGUGGGCGAAGAAACGAGACCGCAGCGUCGCCAUCCAGGACAUCCGGUUCAGUCCGGACCGGCGGCUGCUGGCGGUCGGUUCUGUGGAGAACACGGUGGAUAUCUACGAUGUGAGCGGAGGGCCGACUCUGAACCGGCUGGUUUACUGCAGCAACAUCCCUGCUUUCAUCCUGCAGCUCGACUUCUCUGCUGACAGCUGUUACAUACAGGUGUCUACAGUAGCUUAUAAGCGGCAGGUGUUUGAGGCUCCUUCAGGGAAGCUGGUGAACGACCAGACCAUCAUCGACAGAAUCACCUGGGCCACCUGGACCAGCAUCCUGGGAGAUGAAGUUUUGGGGAUAUGGCCGCGAAACGCAGACAAAGCUGAAGUGAACUGUGCGUGUGUGUCUCACGCCGGCCUGAAUGUCGUCACCGGUGACGACUUCGGAUUGGUCAAACUGUUCGACUUUCCCUGCACAGAGAAGUUUGCCAAACACAAGCGCUACCUCGGCCACUCGGCUCAUGUGACCAACAUCCGGUUCUCGCAUGAAGACAAAUAUGUGAUCAGCACAGGAGGAGACGACUGCAGUGUGUUUGUGUGGAAAUGCCUGUAAAACGCAGAGACUUCUACCGUCUGGUGACGCUUUUAUCCAAAGCGCCUUAACAGCACCACAAGUGGAUCCAGAGGGAAUCGAACCUGCAACCUUGAACUUUUAGUUUUUAGAAUUUAGAAGUUGGAGAUGGAAGAAGACGAGACGUUUGGAUUCUGUUCUGGUGGCGAGGCAGAAAAGUUCAGACUGAAGCGCAACACAUGAGACGCUUCAUGAUGGAUCCCAAAAAAUGAAGAAGAAACCAGAAGAAUCAUAAGAUGUUGGUUCUUGGUCUGAACUUUGUUUUUGGUUUACUUGAAUUCACAACUGCCCAGUUAGUCACAGUGAAGAAGAGGUUCAACUUACUGUCAUGUUGUUCUGCUCAAUCACCAUCUCGUCCUCACAGCGUCGUCAUUGUAGUCAGUGCACCGCAAGGUUCAGAGAAAGAAGGUUCAACACAACAUUUUUGGAUUUUCACGUAAAAGAAACGAUUCGUCCAGGGGCCAGA